UUGACUUCUCGUUUCGCCAAGGGUGCGAUUUUCUGUGAGAGGGAUCUUCUAAAAUCUGAUUUCAUUUCUCCUUCGGUGAUUGCUAGAUUUUUGUCUCAAUUGAAUUUGUGUUUCCGUCCGCAUAUAUUCCGGAGAUUUGGUUGUGGAAGCGAAUUUGGACUGCUGAAGGAAAUAUCUAGUAGGGUUUCUUAAUCGAUUUCGGAUUUUUGAACGGAGUUAGCGUUAGUUAAAUUGAGAAAUUUGAGAGGAAAAUGGUUAAUCCGGGGGAACGUCAUUUCAUGAAUGAUCAUAGGAUAAAUGACGUUGAUCAAAAUUCCGAUGGUGAGGAAUCGAUUGAUGUUUCCUCGAGCGGUUCUGGAACUCUGGCCAGCGGCAGUUCGUCAAUUAUGAGGAGGUUAACGGAGGUUUUGGUGGAGGAUGGUGAUGAAGAUCUGCUGCUACAAGGGAGUUCUAGGGAGGACGGGGUUCUGCAGUGGAUACGAGCGCUGGAUAUGCAGGUUAUGGGGGCCUGUCGUGCUGAUGAGAGGUUGAAGCCUUUGCUGAAGCUUAAUGUCUCAACUGGUGUGGCUGAGGAUCGUCUGCUAGCUCACCUUAGUCAGCACUUUGAGCCAUCAGAAGUUGGUCUGCUAGCUAGGUGCUUGUGUGCACCUCUUGUUGCUAUUCGCGUUGGGAAGAUCAAGAAGAAAGGAACACUCCUGUUUCCAACAUCAAUAAGAGGGAAUUUGUGUCUCACACUUCUACCAACUUCUGAUUUGUGCAUCUCAUUUAAUGGAGAUGACGGUUCUGUGAAGAGGAUGGCAACAUUAAGCUCUCAGGUUCAAUGUGCUGCUAUAGAGAUUGAAGAGAUUUCUGCAGACAACUCUGGAAGGUCCUUCUUAAUAAGAAGCAAUGGUGUGGAUUCAUAUUUUUGGUGCUCUGAGAAAUCUAAACUUCAUGGAAUUGAAUUGCUCAAAAAGAUGAAGGAUCUGCUUAUGAGAAAACCUUCACUGGCUGAAUUAUCUGGAAUUAGUGAGGGACGUCUGAACUGUUUUGCAUCUAAUCUUCGAGCAUAUCUUGCUGGACCAACAGUAACUAGUGUCAACACUAGUGGUGUACUGUCUAGCCCUCCUUCAGAUGGCUCAAUUGAUUAUUCUGAUUCGCAUUUUCCUCUAUCUUCAUUUAAUGGUCGGGACAGUUCAUGCUUCCAGCCAUGCUGCAGUCGAGGAUCAAAGACAAACCUGAUUUUUCAAGGCAAUCUCUGUCCCAAGUCCAGUUCAUCUAAAGAGGGCCUGCUGGAAAGUUUGUCUUCUUUUAGUAUUGCUGCCCGAGAAAAAUCAAGGCCGACUGCAGAUGAUUAUGUUUCUCUUGUUGACAGCUUGUCUCUUACUUCAGCUAACUGUGCUGAUCUAUCUAGGUCUAAUUGCUUUGACAAAGAUGAACUCCCUGAAACAAAUGGUAUUCUCCCAUUUGCUACAUCGGAUUUUUUGGAUUCAUUCAGCAAACCUGUGGAGCCUCUGCUUGCUGGCCGAAAGAUGCAACAGAUUCCCUCAGGCCUGUCUCAUAUUUCUCCUCACUACUGCUGGUGUCCACCUGUUGCAUCAAUGCUGCAGUACACACUGAGAAAUCCCCAGCUGCCUUCAUCAACUGAGUCACUAUCUUUGCCUCCACUUUCUUCUCUGCUGUCAGCUGCUGGACCAUCCACUCUUUUGAACUCAAAACCGUCCCUAAAUGUGGGAGAAGUUCCACCUCUAGAUUUUCCGAGUCUUUUGCCUGAGCCUUUAGGCAGAUUAACAAACUCGCAGCAGAUCCCAACUUUUACACCUUUGAUAUGCGACCCAAUUGUCCAUAUUCCAGUAAUUGAUGUCUGCUCAUCUGGCCCCGGGUAUUUGGUCAGUGCAGGCCCAGCUAGGAUUCCCCCAGUAAACUCAAAUCUUGUCGACCGUCGACUUCCAAAAGCUGAAUGCACGCUAGAACAAAGUGCUAGAGAGACGCUUCGCAUGCUCAUUGGUAGCUCCAAUCAACCCAGCUCACAGCUGCUUGAGGUAUUGCCUUCUGUCUUGAGUAGCAGCAACGACAAGCAAAACAUUCUAGUUACUGGAAGCAGGGGUCUGUAUAGUGGAAUAAGAGAUAUAGAUGCUACCUCAAGUAGCUUGACCACUAUGGAGUUGGUUUUCUCGUCAGAGAACUCAUUGGAAAUUGGCAUUGGCAAAAGAUGUACUAGAAGCGUAGAAGAUUCUGUUGCUAACAAAGAGAAGCCAUCUGAGUCUGGGCGAUCCAGUUCUGAUGCUGGAUUGGAUUGAUUUUUAUUUAUAAAAAAAGACAAAAUAGCUUUUUCUUGUUUGUAGAUCUCAGUUUUUGUCAUAGAUGUGUAGAUAUGUGGGUGUAGCUCUUGUACCAUGUGAUCCUCUUCUUUGUGCAAUGGAAAAGAAAAAACAAAGGUUUCUUUGUUUCUUAAUUUCUGGA